AUGCCCCCCUCAAUACUGAUCCUCGGAGCAGGCUGCUUCGGCGUCUCUACUGCCUACCAUCUGGCCUCUCACGGAUAUUCGAAUAUCACUGUCCUGGAAAAAGACAGCGAAAUCCCCAGUCGCUUUUCUGCUGCCAACGACCUCAAUAAAGUCAUUCGCGCCGAGUACGCCGAUACUUUCUACACAGAUCUUGCUCUGGAAGCAAUUCGCAAAUGGCAGCGUGAUCCCCUGUAUAAGCGCCAUUAUCACCAGACUGGGUUUCUGAACGUCACGUCCAAUGCUGCGACUCCCGAGACAAAGCAAGUAGUUGAUAAAUACUUUGCAUCGAUCCAAAGACACCCUGCAUUCCGUGGACAGGUUAAGAAGGUCAAUGGCCAAACCGAGAUCAAACAGACUGUUCCCAGCUUCACUGGCCCGGUUGAGGGUUGGUCCGGCUACUACAACAAGCUUGCUGGCUACAGUCACUCGGCAAAUGCAUUGAAAGCUGUCUACAAAGCCUGCGUCUCUUUAGGGGUCAAGUUUCAUACUGGAACUGAUGGCGUGGUCGAGUCUCUGCUAUACGCAUCGGCUCGGACUGGCACUGUCUGCGUCGGGGCCAAAACUCGAGGAGGCCAAGUUUAUCUUUCGGAUAAGACCAUCUUAGCCCUCGGUGCUAAUGUCCCAAACUUGAUUCCCGACAUUGGAAAGCAAACGACAGGCCGCUGUUGGGGCGUCGCACAUCUCCAGCUCACGCCCGACGAAGCUCGCGAGCUGCAGGGCAUCCCCGUCACCAACGUGCGUGAUCUUGCAUUUUUCUUCGAACCAGAUAGACAAACCAACAAGCUCAAGUUUUGUCACAUGGGCGGCGCCUACACCAAUUACUCCUGGUCCAAGGAUGGUCUGUCCUUGCCGUUUCCUGGGCUGGCUGAAUCAAAGUUUCUCCCUGGCGACGACGAACGAUAUAUCCGACAGCUGCUGAAGGAAGUCUUCCCCAAGCUUGCAAACCGACCGCUUAUUGACACUCACCUCUGCUGGGUUGCUGAUACUGACGACUCGGACUAUAUCAUUGACUUUGUGCCCGGAACAGGCUCAUCGCUGGUUGUGCUCUCUGGGGACUCAGGCCACGGAUUCAAGAUGAUGCCGAUUCUUGGAGAAUUUGUUCAAACACUGUUGGAAGAUGGGAGGCAAUCGCAGCCCAAGUGGCAGUGGAAGGACUCAAAGCCCCAGUCUGGGGCAGCCUGGCGCAGUGGCGAAAGUCAGGAGCUCUCUGACAGUGGUCGCUCGAAACUGCGCUCGAAACUGUAG